GUGACCAUCACACGGAGCUCAGCUUGUCUCUCUCACAAGGACAAUCGCCUGCCCUAACCCCUGGCCACGCUGCCCCACAAGGACUGUGCUAUGAACAUGGGGUUUCCUGGGUGCCUCUUGCUCGCAGCUGGGCACCCCCUUGGCAGGAGCUCGGCUGCCUGCGCUGGAGCUGGGAACACAAGGAUCCCCAUCCUCCUGGCCUGGCUUUGGGCUUUCAUGACAGGAUUCCCCAUGACAGACUCAGGCAUCCCAGAACUAACUCAGCUCCGACUGGUGAAUGGUUCGAGUCGCUGCGCUGGGAGAAUCGAGGUGCUUCACAACCAGCAGUGGGGAACCGUGUGUGAUGACGGCUGGGAUUUAGCUGAGGCCAGAGUCGUGUGCAGACAGUUGGGCUGUGGGACGGCGUUAUCAGGCCCAGGAGGGGCUCGAUUUGGGCAAGGAUCUGACCGUAUCUGGCUGGAUGACGUCAACUGUGCAGGGACAGAAGCUGCCCUCUCCAGUUGCAGGGCUCGGCCUUGGGGAACCAAUGACUGUACCCACGGAGAAGAUGCCGGUGUUGUGUGCUCAGACGCUGGCAUCUCAGAAGCGGCUCCACUCCGACUGGUGAAUGGUUCGAGUCGCUGCGCUGGGAGAGUCGAGGUGCUUCACAACCAGGUUUGGGGAACCGUGUGUGAUGACAGUUGGGACAUAACUGAUGCUGGAGUCGUGUGCAGGCAGCUGGGCUGUGGAACGGCAUCAUCAGCCUCAGGAGAGGCUCGAUUUGGGCAAGGAUCAGACUCUAUCUGGCUGGAUGACGUCAACUGUGCAGGGACAGAAGCUGCUCUCUCCAAUUGCAGGGCUCUGCCUUGGGGAGAGAAUAACUGUAACCAUGGAGAAGAUGCCGGUGUUGUGUGCUCAGACUCAGGCAUCUCAGAAGUGGCUCCGCUCCGACUGGUGAAUGGUUUGAGUCGCUGCGCUGGGAGAGUCGAGGUGUUUCAUAACCAGCAGUGGGGAACCGUGUGUGAUGACAGUUGGGACAAAACAGAUGCUGGAGUCGUGUGCAGGCAGUUGGGCUGUGGGAUGGCGUUAUCAGCCCCAGGAGGGGCUCAAUUUGGGCGAGGAUCAGACCCUAUCUGGCUGGAUGAAGUCAACUGUGCAGGGAAAGAAGCUGCCCUCUCCAAUUGCAGGGCUCGGCCUUGGGGAACCAAUGACUGUAGCCACGGAGAAGAUGCCGGUGUUGUGUGCUCAGGCAUCUCAGAAGUGGCUCAGCUCCAACUGGUGAAUGGUUCAAGUCGCUGCGCUGGGAGAGUCGAGGUGCUUCAUAACCAGCAGUGGGGAACCGUAUGUGAUGACAGCUGGGAUUUAGCUGAGGCCGGUGUCGUGUGCAGGCAGCUGGGCUGUGGGACGGCGUUAUCAGCCCCAGAAGGGGCUCGAUUUGGGCAAGGAUCAGACCCUAUUUGGCUGGAUGACGUCAACUGUGCAGGGACAGAAGCUGCCCUCUCCAAUUGCAGGGCUCUGUCUUGGGGAGCCCAUAACUGUAACCACGGAGAAGAUGCCGGUGUUGUGUGCUCAGACUCAGGCAUCUCAGAACUAACUCAGCUCCGACUGGUGAAUGGUUCGACUCGCUGCGCUGGGAGAGUCGAGGUGCUUCACAACCAGCAGUGGGGAACCGUGUGUGAUGACAGCUGGGAUUUAGCUGAGGCCAGAGUUGUGUGCAGGCAGCUGGGCUGUGGGACGGCGUUAUCAGGCCCAGGAGGAGCUCACUUUGGGCAAGGAUCUGAGCGUAUCUGGCUGGAUGACGUCAACUGCACAGGGACAGAAGCUGCCCUCUUCGAUUGCAGGGCUCUGCCUUGGGGAACCCAUAACUGUAACCACGGAGAAGAUGCCGGUGUUGUGUGCUCAGACUCAGGCAUCUCAGAAGUGGUUCCGCUCCGACUGGUGAAUGGUUCGAGUCGCUGCGCUGGGAGAGUCGAGGUGCUUCAUAACCAGCAGUGGGGAACCGUGUGUGAUGACAGUUGGGACAAAACAGAUGCUGGAGUUGUGUGCAGGCAGUUGGGCUGUGGGACGGCGCUAUCAGCCCCAGGAGGGGCUCCAUUUGGGCGAGGAUCAGACCCUAUCUGGCUGGAUGAAGUCAACUGUGCAGGGAAAGAAGCUGCCCUCUCUGAUUGCAGGGCUCGGCCUUGGGGAACCAAUGACUGUAGCCACGGAGAAGAUGCCGGUGUUGUGUGCUCAGGGGCUGCUAACGAGGAGUUUCACAAGGGAGUUCUCCAGGUGACAGAGGAGCAAACACAGCAUCCUUGGGCUUCCAUGACAGGAUUCCCCAUGACAGGGGCUGCUAACGAGGAGUUUCACAAGGGAGUUCUCCAGGUGACAGAGGAGCAAACACAGCAUCCUUGGGGGGCUGCUAACGAGGAGUUUCACAAGGGAGUUCUCCAGGUGACGGAGGAGCAAACACAGCAUCCUUGGGCUUCCAUGACAGGAUUCCCCAUGACAGCUUCCAUGACAGGAUUCCCCAUGACAGACUCAGGCAUCCCAGAACUAACUCAGCUCCGACUGGUGAACGGUUUGAGUCGCUGCGCUGGGAGAGUCGAGGUGCUUUACAACCAGCAGUGGGGAACCGUGUGUGAUGACAGCUGGGAUUUAGCUGAGGCCAGAGUCGUGUGCAGGCAGCUGGGCUGUGGGACGGCGUUAUCAGGCCCAGGCGGGGCUCACUUUGGGCGAGGAUCUGACCCCAUCUGGCUGGAUGACGUCAACUGCACAGGGACAGAAGCUGCCCUCUCCGAUUGCAGGGCUCGGCCUUGGGGAUCCCAUAACUGUCACCACGGAGAAGAUACCGGUGUUGUGUGCUCAGGGGCUGCUAAGGAGAAGUUUCGCAAGAGACUUCUCCAGGUGAAGGAGGAGCAAACACAGCAUCCUUGGGCUUCCAUGACAGGAUUCCCCAUGACAGCUUCCAUGACAGGAUUCCCCAUGACAGACUCAGGUAUCUCAGAAGUGGCUCAUGUCCGACUGGUGAAUGGUUCGAGUCGCUGCGCUGGGAGAGUCGAGGUGCUUUACAACCAGGUGUGGGGAACCGUUUGUGAUCAUGAUUGGGACAUAACUGAUGCUGGAGUCGUGUGCAGGCAGCUGGGCUGUGGGACGGUGUUAUCAGCCCCAGGAGGGGCUCGAUUUGGGCAAGGAUCAGACCCUAUCUGGCUGGAUGACGUCACCUGCACAGGGACAGAAGUUGCCCUCUCCAGUUGCGGGGCUCAGCCGUGGGGAGACAAUAACUGUAACCACGGAGAAGAUGCCGGUGUUGUGUGCUCAGACUCAGGCAUCUCAGAAGUGGCUCAUCUCCGACUGGUGAAUGGUUCGAGUCGCUGUGCUGGGAGAGUCGAGGUGCUGUACGACCAGGUGUGGGGAACCGUGUGUGAUGACGACUGGGACUUACAGGAUGCUGGAGUCGUGUGCAGGCAGUUGGACUGUGGGACGGCGCUAUCAGCCCCAGGAGGGGCUCGAUUUGGGCGAGGAUCAGACCCUAUCUGGUUCGAUGACGUCAACUGCGCAGGGACAGAAAAUGCCCUCUCUGAUUGCGGGGCUCGGCCUUGGGGAACGAAUAACUGUAACCACGGAGAAGAUGCCGGUGUUGUGUGCUCAGGGGCUGCUAAGGAGAAGUUUCGCAAAGGAGUUCUCCAGGUGAAGGAGGAGCAAACACAGCAUCCUUGGGCUUCCAUGACAGGAUUCCCCAUGACAGCUUCCAUGACAGGAUUCCCUAUGACAGACUCAGGCAUCUCAGAAGUGGCUCAGCUCCGAUUGGUGAACGGCCCAAGUCCCUGUGCUGGGAGAGUCGAGGUGCUUUACAACCAGGUGUGGGGAACCGUGUGUGAUGACAGCUGGGACUUACAGGAUGCUGGAGUCGUGUGCAGGCAGUUGGACUGUGGGACGGCGCUAUUAGCCCCAGGAGGGGCUCGAUUUGGGCAAGGAUCAGACCGUAUCUGGCUGGAUGACGUCAACUGCGCAGGGACAGAAAAUGCCCUCUCUGAUUGCGGGGCUCAGCCUUGGGGAACGAAUAACUGUAACCACGGAGAAGAUGCCGGUGUUGUGUGCUCAGGGACUGCUAACGAGGAGUUUCUCAAGGAAGUUCUCCAGGUGACGGAGGAGCAAACACAGCAUCCUUGGGCUUCCAUGACAGGAUUCCCCAUGACAGCUUCCAUGACAGGAUUCCCCAUGACAGACUCAGGCAUCUCAGAAGUGGCUCAUGUCCGACUGGUGAAUGGUUCGAGUCGCUGCGCUGGGAGAGUCGAGGUGCUUUACAACCAGGUGUGGGGAACCGUGUGUGAUCAUGAUUGGGACAUAACUGAUGCUGGAGUCGUGUGCAGGCAGCUGGGCUGUGGGACGGCAUUAUCAGCCCCAGGAGGGGCUCGAUUUGGGCAAGGAUCAGACCCUAUCUGGCUGGAUGACGUCACCUGCACAGGGACAGAAGUUGCCCUCUCCAGUUGCGGGGCUCAGCCUUGGGGAGACAAUAACUGUAACCACGGAGAAGAUGCCGGUGUUGUGUGCUCAGACUCAGGCAUCUCAGAAGUGGCUCAGCUCCGACUGGUGAAUGGUUCGAGUCGCUGUGCUGGGAGAGUCGAGGUGCUUUACAACCAGGUGUGGGGAACCGUGUGUGAUGACGACUGGGACAUAACUGAUGCUGGAGUCGUGUGCAGGCAGUUGGACUGUGGGACGGCGCUAUCAGCCCCAGGAGGGGCUCGAUUUGGGCGAGGAUCAGACCUUAUCUGGCUGGAUGACGUCAACUGCGCAGGGACAGAAAAUGCCCUCUCUGAUUGUGGGGCUCGGCCUUGGGGAACGAAUAACUGUAACCACGGAGAAAAUGCCGGUGUUGUGUGCUCAGCUUCCAUGACAGGAUUCCCUAUGACAGACUCAGGCAUCUCAGAAGUGGCUCAGCUCCGAUUGGUGAACGGCCCAAGUCCCUGUGCUGGGAGAGUCGAGGUGCUUUACAACCAGGUGUGGGGAACCGUGUGUGAUGACAGCUGGGACUUACAGGAUGCUGGAGUCGUGUGCAGGCAGUUGGACUGUGGGACGGCGCUAUUAGCCCCAGGAGGGGCUCGAUUUGGGCAAGGAUCAGACCGUAUCUGGCUGGAUGACAUCAACUGCGCAGGGACAGAAAAUGCCCUCUCUGAUUGCGGGGCUCAGCCUUGGGGAACGAAUAACUGUAACCACGUAGAAGAUGCCGGUGUUGUGUGCUCAGGGACUGCUAACGAGGAGUUUCUCAAGGAAGUUCUCCAGGUGACGGAGGAGCAAACACAGCAUCCUUGGGCUUCCAUGACAGGAUUCCCCAUGACAGCUUCCAUGACAGGAUUCCCCAUGACAGACUCAGGCAUCUCAGAAGUGGCUCAGCUCCGACUGGUGAAUAGUUCGAGUCGCUGUGCUGGGAGAGUCGAGGUGCUGUACAACCAGGUGUGGGGAACCGUGUGUGAUGACGACUGGGACAUAACUGAUGCUGGAGUCGUGUGUAGGCAGCUGGGCUGUGGGACGGCGUUAUCAGCCCCAGGAGGGGCUCGAUUUGGGCGAGGAUCUGACCCUAUCUGGCUGGAUGACGUCACCUGCACAGGGACAGAAGUUGCCCUCUCUGAUUGCAGGGCUCGGCCUUGGGGAGACAAUAACUGUAACCACGGAGAAGAUGCCGGUGUUGUGUGCUCAGACGCUGGCAUCUCAGAAGUGGCUAAGCUCCGACUGGUGAACGGCCCGAGUCGCUGUGCUGGGAGAGUCGAGGUGCUUUACAACCAGGUGUGGGGAACCGUGUGUGAUGACGACUGGGACAUAACUGAUGCUGGAGUCGUGUGCAGGCAGCUGGGCUGUGGGAUGGCGUUAUCAGCCCCAGGAGGGGCUCGAUUUGGGCAAGGAUCUGACUGUAUCUGGCUGGAUGAUGUCAACUGCACAGGGACAGAAAAUGCCCUCUCUGAUUGCGGGGCUCGGCCUUGGGGAACCCAUAACUGUAACCACGGAGAAGAUGCCGGUGUUGUGUGCUCAGACGCUGGCAUCUCAGAAGUGGCUCAGCUCCGACUGGUGAAUGGUUUGAGUCGCUGUUCUGGGAGAGUCGAGGUGCUUUACCACCAGGUGUGGGGAACCGUGUGUGAUGACAGCUGGGACUUACAGGAUGCUGGAGUCGUGUGCAGGCAGUUGGACUGUGGGACGGCGCUAUCAGCCCCAGGAGGGGCUCGAUUUGGGCAAGGAUCAGACCGUAUCUGGCUGGAUGACGUCAACUGCGCAGGGACAGAAAAUGCCCUCUCUGAUUGCGGGGCUCAGCCUUGGGGAACGAAUAACUGUAACCACGGAGAAGAUGCCGGUGUUGUGUGCUCAGGGGCAGCUAACGAGGAAUUUCUCAAGGGAGUUCUCCAGGUGACGGAGGAGCAAACACAGGAUCCUUGGGCUUCCAUGACAGGAUUCCCCAUGACAGACUCAGGCAUCUCAGAAGUGGAUCAGCUCCGACUGGUGAAUGGUUCGAGUCGCUGUGCUGGGAGAGUUGAGGUGCUGUACAACCAGGUGUGGGGAACCGUGUGUGAUGACGACUGGGACAUAACUGAUGCUGGAGUCGUGUGCAGGCAGCUGGGCUGUGGGACGGUGCUAUCAGCCCCAGGAGGGGCUCGAUUUGGGCAAGGAUCAGACCGUAUCUGGCUGGAUGACAUCAACUGCGCAGGGACAGAAAAUGCCCUCUCUGAUUGCGGGGCUCAGCCUUGGGGAACGAAUAACUGUAACCACGGAGAAGAUGCCGGUGUUGUGUGCUCAGCUUCCAUGACAGGAUUCCCCAUGACAGACUCAGGCAUCUCAGAAGUGGCUCAGCUCCGAUUGGUGAACGGCCCAAGUCCCUGUGCUGGGAGAGUCGAGGUGCUGUACAACCAGGUGUGGGGAACCGUGUGUGAUGACAACUGGGACUUACAGGAUGCUGGAGUCGUGUGCAGGCAGUUGGACUGUGGGACGGCGCUAUCAGCCCCAGGAGGGGCUCGAUUUGGGCAAGGAUCAGACCGUAUCUGGCUUGAUGACAUCAACUGCGCAGGGACAGAAAAUGCCCUCUCUGAUUGCGGGGCUCGGCCUUGGGGAACGAAUAACUGUAACCACGGAGAAGAUGCCGGUGUUGUGUGCUCAGGGGCUGCUAAUGAGGAGUUUCUCAAGGGAGUUCUCCAGGUGACGGAGGAGCAAACACAGCAUCCUUGGGCUUCCAUGACAGGAUUCCCAAUGACAGACUCAGGCAUCUCAGAAGUGGCUCAGCUCCGACUGGUGAAUGGUUUGAGUCGCUGCGCUGGGAGAGUCGAGGUGCUUUACAACCAGGUGUGAACCGUGUGUGAUCAUGAUUGGGACAUAACUGAUGCUGGAGUCGUGUGCAGGCAGCUGGGCUGUGGGACGGCGUUAUCAGCCCCAGGAGGGGCUCGAUUUGGGCAAGGAUCAGACCCUAUCUGGCUGGAUGACGUCACCUGCACAGGGACAGAAGUUGCCCUCUCCAGUUGCGGGGCUCAGCCUUGGGGAGACAAUAACUGUAACCACGGAGAAGAUGCCGGUGUUGUGUGCUCAGACUCAGGCAUCUCAGAAGUGGCUCAGCUCCGACUGGUGAAUGGUUCGAGUCGCUGCGCUGGGAGGGUCGAGGUGCUUUACAACCAGGUGUGGGGAACCGUGUGUGAUGACGACUGGGACAUAACUGAUGCUGGAGUCGUGUGCAGGCAGUUGGACUGUGGGACGGCGCUAUCAGCCCCAGGAGGGGCUCGAUUUGGGCGAGGAUCAGACCCUAUCUGGUUCGAUGAUGUCAACUGCGCAGGGACAGAAAAUGCCCUCUCUGAUUGCGGGGCUCGGCCUUGGGGAACGAAUAACUGUAACCACGGAGAAGAUGCCGGUGUUGUGUGCUCAGGGGCUGCUAAGGAGAAGUUUCGCAAGGGAGUUCUCCAGGUGAAGGAGGAGCAAACACAGCAUCCUUGGGACUCAGGCAUCUCAGAAGUGGCUCAGCUCCGAUUGGUGAAUGGUUCGAGUCACUGCGCUGGGAGAGUCGAGGUGCUUUACAACCAGGUGUGGGGAACCGUGUGUGAUGACAACUGGGACAUAACUGAUGCUGGAGUCGUGUGCAGGCAGUUGGACUGUGGGACGGCAUUAUCAGCCCCAGGAGGGGCUCGAUUUGGGCGAGGAUCAGACCGUAUCUGGCUGGAUGACGUCAACUGCGCAGGGACAGAAAAUGCCCUCUCUGAUUGCGGGGCUCGGCCUUGGGGAACGAAUAACUGUAACCACGGAGAAGAUGCCGGUGUUGUGUGCUCAGUGGCUGCUGAUGAGGAGUUUCGCAAGGGAGUUCUCCAGGUGAAGGAGGAGCAAACACAGCAUCCUUGGGCUUCCAUGACAGGAUUCCCCAUGACAGCUUCCAUGACAGGAUUCCCCAUGACAGACUCAGGCAUCUCAGAAGUGGCUCAGCUCCGACUGGUGAAUGGUUCGAGUCGCUGCACUGGGAGAGUCGAGGUGCUUCACAAACAGCAGUGGGGAACCGUGUGUGAUGACAACUGGGAUUUAACUGAGGCCGAAGUCGUGUGCAGGCAGCUGGGCUGUGGGACGGCGUUAUCAGCCCCAGGAGGGGCUCGAUUUGGGCGAGGAUCUGACCCUAUCUGGCUGGAUGACGUCACCUGCACAGGGACAGAAGUUGCCCUCUCCAGUUGCGGGGCUCAGCCUUGGGGAGACAAUAACUGUAACCACGGAGAAGAUGCCGGUGUUGUGUGCUCAGACACUGGCAUCUCAGAAGUGGCUCAGCUCCGACUGGUGAAUGGUUCGACUCGCUGCGCUGGGAGGGUCGAGGUGCUUUACAACCAGGUGUGGGGAACCGUGUGUGAUGACAACUGGGACAUAACUGAUGCUGGAGUCGUGUGCAGACAGCUGGGCUGUGGGACGGCGUUAUCAGCCCCAGGAGGGGCUCGAUUUAGGCAAGGAUCUGAUCGUAUCUGGCUGGAUGGCGUCAACUGCACAGGGACAGAAAAUGCCCUCUCUGAUUGCGGGGCUCGGCCUUGGGGAACCCAUAACUGUAACCACGGAGAAGAUGCCGGUGUUGUGUGCUCAGGGGCUGCUAACGAGGAGUUUCGCAAGAGAGUUCUCCAGGUGAAGGAGGAGCAAACACAGCAUCCUUGGGCUUCCAUGACAGGAUUCCCCAUGACAGCUUCCAUGACAGGAUUCCCCAUGACAGACUCAGGCAUCUCAGAAGUGGCUCAUCUCCGACUGGUGAAUGGUUCGAGUCGCUGUGCUGGGAGAGUCGAGGUGCUGUACGACCUGGUGUGGGGAACCGUGUGUGAUGACGACUGGGACAUAACUGAUGCUGGAGUCGUGUGCAGGCAGCUGGGCUGUGGGACGGCGUUAUCAGCCCCAGGAGGGGCUCGAUUUGGGCGAGGAUCUGACCCUAUCUGGCUGGAUGACAUCACCUGCACAGGGACAGAAGUUGCCCUCUCCAGUUGCAGGGCUCGGCCUUGGGGAGACAAUAACUGUAACCACGGAGAAGAUGCCGGUGUUGUGUGCUCAGGGGCUGCUAACGAGGAGUUUCUCAAGGGAGUUCUCCAGGUGACGGAGGAGCAAACACAGCAUCCUUGGGCUUCCAUGACAGGAUUCCCCAUGACAGCUUCCAUGACAGGAUUCCCCAUGACAGCUUCCAUGACAGGAUUCCCCAUGACAGACUCAGGCAUCCCAGAACUAACUCAGCUCCGAUUGGUGAACGGUUCGAGUCGCUGCAGUGGGAGAGUCGAGGUGCUUCACAACCAGCAGUGGGGAACCGUGUGUGAUGACAACUGGGAUUUAACUGAUGGUGGAGUCGUGUGCAGGCAGCUGGGCUGUGGGACGGCAUUAUCAGCCCCAAGAGGGGCUCGAUUUGGGCGAGGAUCAGACCCUAUCUGGCUGGAUGAUGUCAACUGUGCAGGGACAGAAGCUGCCCUCUCCAGUUGCAGGGCUCGGCCUUGGGGAGAGAAUAAUUGUAACCACAGAGAAGAUGCUGGUGUUGUGUGCUCAGAUGCUGGUAUCUCAGAACUGGCUCAGGUCCGACUGGCGAACGGCCCGACUCGCUGCGCUGGGAGGGUCGAAGUGCUUCACAACCAGUUGUGGGGAACCGUGUGUGAUGACAGCUGGGACUUACAGGAUGCCAGAGUUGUGUGCAGGCAGCUGGGCUGUGGGACGGCGUUAUCAGCCCCAGAAGGGGCUCACUUUGGGCAAGGAUCUGACCGUAUCUGGCUGGAUGACGUCAACUGCUCAGGGACAGAAAUUGCUCUCUCCAGUUGCAGGGCUCGGCCGUGGGGAGAGAAUAACUGUAACCACAGAGAAGAUGCCGGUGUUGUGUGUUCAGACGCUGGCAUCUCAGAAGUGGCUCAGCUCCGACUGGCAAAUGGCCCGAGUCACUGUGCUGGGAGGGUCGAGGUGCUUCACAACCAGCAGUGGGGAACCGUGUGUGAUGACAGCUGGGACUUACAGGAUGCCAGAGUUGUGUGCAGGCAGCUGGGCUGUGGGACGGCGUUAUCAGCUCCAGGAGGGGCUCGAUUUGGGCGAGGGUCAGACCAUAUCUGGCUGGAUGACAUCAACUGUGCAGGGACAGAAGCUGCCCUCUCCAACUGCAAGGCUCGGCCUUGGGGAGAGAAUGACUGUACCCACGGAGAAGAUGCCGGUGUUGUCUGCUCAGAAGUGGCUCAGCUCCGACUGGUGAAUGGCCCGAGUCUCUGUGCUGGGAGAGUCGAGGUGCUUCACAACCAGCAGUGGGGAACCGUGUGUGAUGACAGCUGGGACAUAACUGAUGCUGGAGUCGUGUGCAGGCAGCUGGGCUGUGGGACGGCAUCAUCAGCCCCAGGAGGGGCUCGAUUUGGGCGAGGAUCAGACCCUAUCUGGCUGGAUGAUGUCAACUGCGCAGGGACAGAAGCUGCCCUCUCUGAUUGCAGGGCUCGGCCUUGGGGAGAGAAUGACUGUACCCACGGAGAAGAUGCCGGUGUUGUGUGCUCAGACGCCGACAUCUCAGAAGUGGCUCAAAUCCGACUGGUGAACAGCAGGAGUCACUGUGCUGGGAGAGUUGAGGUGCUUCACAACCAGCAGUGGGGAACCGUGUGUGAUGACAGCUGGGACUUACAGGAUGCCAGAGUUGUGUGCAGGCAGCUGGGCUGUGGGACGGCGCUAUCAGCCCCAGGAGGGGCUCGAUUUGGGCAAGGGUCAGACCAUAUCUGGCUGGAUGACAUCAACUGCGCAGGGACAGAAUCUGCCCUCUCCAAUUGCAGGGCUCGGCCUUGGGGAGAGAAUAACUGUACCCACGGAGAAGAUGCCGGUGUUGUGUGCUCAGACUCUGGAAUGUCAGAAGUGGCUCAGCUCCGACUGGUGAACAGCCCGAGUCACUGCGCUGGGAGGGUCGAGGUGCUUCACAACCAUCAGUGGGGAACCGUGUGUGAUGACAGCUGGGACUUACAGGAUGCUGGAGUUGUGUGCAGGCAGCUGGGCUGUGGGACGGCGUUAUCAGCCCCAGGAGAGGCUCGAUUUGGGCAAGGAUCUGACCGUAUCUGGCUGAAUGACGUCAACUGCACAGGGACAGAAGCUGUCCUCUCCGAUUGCAGGGCUCGGCCUUGGGGACAGAAUAAUUGUACCCAUGGAAAAGAUGCCGGUGUUGUGUGCUCAGACGCUGGCAUCUCAGAAGUGGCUGAGCUCCGACUGGUGAACGGCCCGAGUCGCUGCGCUGGGAGGGUCGAAGUGCUUCACAAUCAGCAGUGGGGAACUGUGUGUGAUGACAGUUGGGACUUACAGGAUGCCGGAGUCAUAUGCAGACAGCUGGGCUGUGGGACAGCGUUAUCAGCCCCAGGAUUGGCUCGAUUUGGGCGAGGGACAGACCGUAUCUGGUUGGAUGACAUCAACUGCACAGGGACAGAAGUUGCCCUCUCUGAUUGCAGGGCUCGGCCUUGGGGAGAGAAUGACUGUACCCAUGGAGAAGAUGCCGGUGUUGUGUGCUCAGAGGCUGGCGUCUCAGAAGUGGCUCAGAUCCGACUGGUGAACAGCAGGAGUCACUGCGCUGGGAGAGUCGAGGUGCUUCGCAACCAGCAGUGGGGAACUCUGUGUGAUGAUGGCUGGGACUUACAGGAUGCCGGAGUCGUGUGCAAGCAGCUGGGCUGUGGGACGGCGCUAUCAGCCCCAGGAGGGGCUCGAUUUGGGCAAGGAUCAGAUCGUAUCUGGCUGGAUGACGUUCAAUGCGCAGGGACAGAAGUUGCCCUCUCCGAUUGCAGGGCUCGGCCUUGGGGAGAGAAUAACUGUCUCCAUGGAGAAGAUGCCGGUGUUGUGUGCUCAGACGCUGGCGUCUCAGAAGUGGCUCAGCUCCGACUGGUGAAUGGCCCAAGUCACUGCGCUGGGAGGGUCGAGAUGCUUCACAACCAGCAGUGGGGAACCGUGUGUGAUGACAGCUGGGACUUACAGGAUGCUGGAGUCGUGUGCAGGCAGCUGGGCUGUGGGACGGCGUUAUCAGCACCAAGAUGGGCUCGAUUUGGGCAAGGAUCUGAUCGUAUCUGGCUGGAUAACGUGAACUGCACCGGGACAGAAGUUGCCCUCUCCGAUUGCAGGGCUCAGCCUUGGGGAGUGAAUAACUGUACCCAUGGAGAAGAUGCCGGUGUUGUGUGCUCAGACGCUGGCAUCUCAGAAGUGGCUCAGCUCCGACUGGUGAACGGGCCGAGUCGCUGUGCUGGGAGAGUUGAGGUGCUUCACAACCAGAAGUGGGGAACUGUGUGUGAUGACAGCUGGGACUUACAGGAUGCCAGAGUUGUGUGUAGGCAGCUGGGCUGUGGGACGGCGUUAUCAGCCCCAGGAGGGACUCGAUUUGGACGAGGAUCAGACCGUAUCUGGCUGGAUGACGUCAACUGCACAGGGACAGAAGUUGCCCUCUCCGAUUGCAGAGCUCGGCCUUGGGGAGACAACAAUUGUAACCAUGGAGAAGAUGCCAGUGUUGUGUGCUCAGAUGCUGGCAUCUCAGAAGUGGCUCAGCUCCGACUGGUGAACAGCAGGAGUCGCUGCGCUGGGAGAGUCGAGGUGCUUCACAACCAUCGGUGGGGAACCGUGUGUGAUGACAGCUGGGACUUACAGGAUGCUGGAGUCGUAUGCAAGCAGCUGGGCUGUGGGACGGCGUUAUCAGCCCCAGGAGGGGCUCGAUUUGGGCGAGGGUCAGACCGUAUCUGGCUGGAUGACGUCAACUGCACAGGGACAGAAGUUGCCCUCUCCGAUUGCAGGGCUCUGCCUUGGGGAGAGAAUAACUGUACUCACAGAGAAGAUGCCGGUGUUGUGUGCUCAGAUGCUGACAUCUCAGAAGUAGCUCAGCUCCGACUGGUGAAUAGCAGGAGUCGCUGCGCUGGGAGGGUCGAGGUGCUUCACAACCGUCAGUGGGGAACCGUGUGUGAUGACAGCUGGGACUUACAGGAUGCCAGAGUCGUAUGCAGGCAGCUGGGCUGUGGGACGGCAUUAUCAGCCCCAGGAGGAGCUCGAUUUGGGCGAGGGUCAGACCGUAUCUGGCUGGAUAACGUGAACUGCACAGGGACAGAAGCUGCCCUCUCCGAUUGCAGGGCUCGGCCUUGGGGAGAGAAUAACUGUAACCACGGAGAAGAUGCUGGUAUUGUGUGCUCAGACGCUGGCAUGUCAGAAGUGGCUCAGAUCCGACUGGUGAACAGCAGGAGUCACUGCGCUGGGAGGGUCGAGGUGCUUCGCAACCAGCAGUGGGGAACCGUGUGUGAUGACAGCUGGGACUUACAGGAUGCUGGAGUCGUAUGCAGGCAGCUGGGCUGUGGGACGGCAUUAUCAGCACCAAGAGGUGCUCGAUUUGGGCAAGGAUCUGAUCGUAUCUGGCUGGAUGACGUGAACUGCGCAGGGACAGAAGUUGCCCUCUCUGAUUGCAGGGCUCUGCCUUGGGGAGAGAAUAACUGUACCCAUGGAGAAGAUGCCGGUGUUGUGUGCUCAGAUGCUGGCAUCUCAGAAGUGGCUCAGCUCCGACUGGUGAACAGCCCAAGUCACUGCGCUGGGAGGGUCGAGGUGCUUCACAACCAGAAGUGGGGAUCCGUGUGUGAUGACAGCUGGGACUUACAGGAUGCUGGAGUCGUGUGCAGGCAGCUGGGCUGUGGGACGGCGUUAUCAGCCCCAGGAGGGGCUCGAUUUGGGCAAGGAUCUGACCGUAUCUGGCUGGAUGACAUCAACUGCACAGGGACAGAAGUUGCCCUCUCUGAUUGCAGGGCUCGGCCCUGGGGAGACAAUAACUGUACCCACGGAGAAGAUGCCGGUGUUGUCUGCUCAGACGCUGGCAUCUCAGAAGUGGCUCAGCUCCGACUGGUGAACGGCCCGAGUCGCUGCGCUGGGAGGGUUGAGGUGCUUCACAACCAGAAGUGGGGAACCAUGUGUGAUGACGACUGGGAGUUACAGGAUGCCGGAGUCGUGUGCAGGCAGCUGGGCUGUGGGACGGCGUUAUCAGCCCCAGGAGGGGCUCGAUUUGGGCAAGGAUCUGACCGUAUCUGGCUGGAUGACGUCAACUGCACAGGGACAGAAGUUGCCCUCUCCGAUUGCAGGGCUAGGCCUUGGGGAGAGAAUAAUUGUACCCACGGAAAAGAUGCCAGUGUUGUGUGCUCAGACGCUGGCAUCUCAGAAGUGGCUCAGAUCCGACUGGUGAACAGCAGGAGUCACUGCGCUGGGAGAGUCGAGGUGCUCCACAAUGAGCAGUGGGGAACCGUGUGUGAUGACAGCUGGGACUUACAGGAUGCCAGAGUUGUGUGCAGGCAGCUGGGCUGUGGGACGGCAUUAUCAGCCCCAGGAGCGGCUCGGUUUGGGCAAGGAUCUGAUCGUAUCUGGCUGGAAAACGUGAACUGCACAGGGACAGAAGUUGCCCUCUCCGAUUGCAGGGCUCGGCCUUGGGGAGACAAUAACUGUACUCACAGAGAAGAUGCCGGUGUUGUGUGCUCAGACUCAGGCAUCUCAGAAGUGGCUCAGCUCCGACUGGUGAACAGCCUGAGUCGCUGCGCUGGGAGGGUCGAGUUGCUUCACAACCAGCAGUGGGGAACCGUGUGUGAUGACAGCUGGGACUUACAGGAUGCUGGAGUCGUGUGCAGGCAGCUGGGCUGUGGGACAGCGUUAUCAGCCCCAGGAGGGGCUCGAUUUGGACAAGGAUCAGACCAAAUCUGGCUGGAUGAUGUCACCUGCACAGGGACAGAAGUUGCCCUCUCCGAUUGUGGGGCUCGGCCUUUGGGAAACAAUAACUGUAACCACGGAGAAGAUGCCGGUGUUGUGUGCUCAGAUGCUGGCAUAUCAGAAGUGGCUCAGCUCCGACUGGUUAACGGCCCGAGUCUCUGUGCUGGAAGGGUCGAGGUGCUUCACAAACAGCUCUGGGGAACCGUGUGUGACGACAGCUGGGACUUACAGGAUGCCAGAGUUGUGUGCAGGCAGCUGGGCUGUGGGACGGCAUUAUCAGCCCCACGAGGGGCUCGAUUUGGGCGAGGGUCAGACCAUAUCUGGCUGAAUUAUGUCAAGUGCAGAGGAAUAGAAGCUGCCCUCACCGAUUGCACGGCUCGGCCUUGGGGAGAGAAUAACUGUACCCACGGAGAAGAUGCUGGUGUUGUGUGCUCAGACGCUGGCAUCUCAGAAGUGGCUCAGCUCCGACUGGUGAACGGGCCGAGUCGCUGCGCUGGGAGGGUCGAGAUGCUUCACAACCAGCAGUGGGGAACCGUGUGUGAUGACAGCUGGGACUUACAGGAUGCCAGAGUUGUGUGCAGGCAGCUGGGCUGUGGUACGGCGCUAUCAGCCCCAGGAGGGGCUCGAUUUGGGCCAGGCUCAGACCAUAUCUGGCUGGAUGACGUGAACUGCACAGGGACAGAAGUUGCCCUCUCCGAUUGCUGGGCUCGGCCUUGGGGAGAGAAUAACUGUACCCACGGAGAAGAUGCCGGUGUUGUGUGCUCAGACGCUGGCAUCUCAGAAGUGGCUCAGCUCCGACUGGUGAACAGCAGGAGUCGCUGUGCUGGGAGAGUCGAGGUGCUUCACAACAGUCAGUGGGGAACCGUGUGUGAUGACGGCUGGGACGUACAGGAUGCCGGAGUUGUGUGCAGGCAGCUGGGCUGUGGGACGGCAUUAUCAGCACCAAGAGGGGCUCGAUUUGGGCGAGGGUCAGACCAUGUCUGGCUGGAUGAUGUGAACUGCGCAGGGACAGAAUCUGCCCUCUCCGAUUGCAGGGCUCGGCCUUGGGGAGAGAAUAACUGUACCCAUGGAGAAGAUGCCGGUGUUGUGUGCUCAGACGCUGGCAUCUCAGAAGUAGCUCAGCUCCGACUGGUGAACGGCCCGAGUCGCUGUGCUGGGAGGGUGGAGGUGCUUCACAACCAGCAGUGGGGAACCGUGUGUGAUGACAGCUGGGACUUACAGGAUGCCGGAGUCGUAUGCAGGCAGCUGGGCUGUGGGACGGCGUUUACAGCCCCAGGAGGGGCUCGAUUUGGACGAGGGUCAGACCAUAUCUGGCUGGAUGACAUCAACUGCACGGGGACAGAAGUUGCCCUCUCCGAUUGCAGGGCUCAGCCUUGGGGCGACAGUAACUGUACCCACAGAGAAGAUGCCGGUGUUGUGUGCUCAGACUCUGGCAUCUCAGAAGUGGCUCAGCUCCGACUGGCGAAUGGCCCAAGUCGCUGUGCUGGGAGAGUCGAGGUGCUUCACAAGCAGCAGUGGGGAACUGUGUGUGAUGACAGCUGGGACAUAACUGAUGCUGGAGUUGUAUGCAGGCAGCUGGGCUGUGGGACGGCGUUAUUAGCCCCUGCCGGGGCUCACUUUGGGCAAGGAUCUGACCGUAUCUGGCUGGAUGACGUCAACUGCACAAGCACAGAAGCUGCCCUCUCCGAUUGCAGGGCUCGGCCUUGGGGAGAUAAUAACUGUACCCAUGGAGAAGAUGCCAGUGUUGUGUGCUCAGAUGCUGGCAUCUCAGAAGUGGCUCCGCUCCGACUGGUGAAUGGCCCGAGUCGCUGCGCUGGGAGAGUCGAGGUGUUUCACAACCAGCAGUGGGGAACCGUGUGUGAUGGCAGCUGGGGCUUGUCCGAGGCUGAAGUAGUGUGCAGGCAGCUGGGCUGUGGGACGGCGUUAUCAGCACCACGUGGGGCUCGGUUUGGACAAGGAUCUGACCUUGUGUGGCUGGAUGAGGUUCAGUGCACAGGGGCAGAAGCUGCCCUCACCGAAUGCAGGGCUAAGCCUUGGGGAGAGCAUGGCUGUAACCCCGGAGAAGAUGCCGGUGUUGUGUGCUCAGAUCAGGGCCAGCUGAGACUGCGGCUGACGAGUGGCCCAAGCCCCUGCUCCGGGCGAGUGGAGGUGCUGAUUAACAACACCUGGGGUGCCGUGUGUGACGUCGGCUGGGGCCUGCCGGAGGCGGGGGUGGUGUGCAAGCAGCUGGGCUGCGGCACGGCGCUGUCAGCCCCGGGGGUGGCUCAGUUCGGCCACGGGGCCGGCGACGUCUGGCUGGAGGGCGUGAGCUGCUCGGGUCAGGAGUCUCACAUCAGCAAGUGCCAGCUGAGCCGGCUGGGUCCUGGGCAGUGUGGCCGUGGCUCCGAGGCCAGCGUGGUGUGUGCCGGGCAGGCCGAACUAACUCAGCUUCGACUGGUGAACGGUUCGAGUCGCUGCGCUGGGAGAGUCGAGGUGCUUCACAACCAGCAGUGGGGAACCGUGUGUGAUGACAGCUGGGAUUUAACUGAAGCCAGAGUCGUGUGCAGGCAGCUGGGCUGUGGGCCGGCGCUAUCAGCCCCAGGAGGGGCUCACUUUGGGCGAGGAUCUGACCGUAUCUGGCUGGAUGACGUUCACUGCACCGGGACAGAAGCUGCCCUCGCCGAAUGCAGGGCUAAGCCUUGGGGAUACAAUAAUUGUAACCAUGGAGAAGAUGCCGGUGUUGUGUGCUCAGACUCUAGCAUAUCUGAAGGGGCUCCGCUCCGACUGGUGAAUGGUUCGAGUCGCUGCGUUGGGAGACUUGAGGUGUUUCACAACCUGCAGUGGGGAACCGUGUGUGAUGACAGCUGGGACUUACAGGAUGCCAGAGUUGUGUGCAGGCAGCUGGGCUGUGGGACGGCGCUAUCAGCCCCAGUUGGGGCUCAUUUUGGGCGAGGAUCUGACCAUAUUUGGCUGAAUAAUGUCAACUGUACAGGGACAGAAGUUGCCCUCUCCGAUUGCAGGGCUCGGCCUGUGGGAGACAAUAACUGUACCCACGGAGAAGAUGCUGGUGUCAAGUGCUCAGAAUCUGGCAUCUCAGAAGUGGCUCAGCUCCGACUGGUGAAAGGUCUGAAUCGCUGCGCUGGGAGGGUCGAGGUGCUUCACAACCAGCAGUGGGGAACGGUGUGUGACGACAACUGGGACAUAACUGAUGCUGGAGUUGUGUGCAGGCAGCUGGGCUGUGGGACGGCGCUAUCAGUCCCAGGAGGGGCUCGAUUUGGGCCAGGAUCAGAUCGUAUCUGGCUGGAUGACGUCAACUGCACAGGGACAGAAGCUGCCCUCUCCGAUUGCAGAGCUCGUCCUUGGGGAAACAAUAACUGUAACCAUGGAGAAGAUGCCGGUGUUGUGUGCUCAGAUGCUGGCGUUUCAGAAGUGGCUCAGCUCCGAUUGGUGAACGGCCCAAGUCCCUGCGCUGGGAGAGUCGAGGUGCUUCACAACCAGCAGUGGGGAACCGUGUGUGAUGACAGCUGGGAUAUAACUGAGGCCAGAAUCGUGUGCAGGCAGCUGGGCUGUGGGACGGCGCUAUCAGCCCCAGGCAGAGCUCGAUUUGGGCAAGGGUCAGACCAAAUCUGGCUGGAUGAUGUUCACUGCACAGGGACAGAAGCUGCCCUCACUGAGUGCAGGGCUCGGUCUUGGGGAGACAAUAACUGUAACCAUGGAGAAGAUGCCGGUGUUGUGUGCUCAGACUCCGGCAUCUCAGAAGUGGUUCAGCUCCGACUGGUGAAUGGUUCGAGUCGCUGCACUGGGAGAGUCGAGGUGUUUUAUAACAAGAAGUGGGGCACCGUGUGUGAUGACGGCUGGGACUUACAAGAUGCUGGAGUCGUGUGCAGGCAGCUGGGCUGUGGGACAGCAUUAUCAGCCCCACGAGAGGCUCGAUUUGGGCUAGGAACUGAUCAUAUUUGGCUGAAUAAUGUCAACUGCACAGGGACAGAAGCUGUCCUCUCUGACUGCAGGGCUCGGCCUGUGGGAGACAAUAACUGUACCCACGGAGAAGAUGCCGGUGUCGAGUGCUCAGACGCUGGCAUUUCAGAAGUGGCUCAUCUCCGACUGGUGAAUGGCCCGAGUCGCUGCGCUGGGAGGGUCGAGGUGCUUCACAACCAGCACUGGGGAACCGUGUGUGAUGACAACUGGGACUUACAGGAUGCCAGAGUCGUGUGCAGGCAACUGGGCUGUGGGACGGCGUUAUCAGCCCCAGGCGGAGCUCGAUUUGGACGAGGGUCAGACCGAAUCUGGCUGGAUGACGUUCAGUGCACAGGGACAGAAGCUGACCUCACUGAGUGCAGGGCUCGGCCUUGGGGAGCCCAUAACUGUAACCAUGGAGAAGAUGCUGGUGUUGUGUGCUCAGACGCUGGCAUUUCAGAAGUGGCUCAUCUCCGACUGGUGAAUGGCCCGAGUCGCUGCGCAGGGAGGGUCGAGGUGCUUCACAACCAGCUGUGGGGAACCGUGUGUGAUGACAACUGGGACUUACAGGAGGCCAGAGUCGUGUGCAGGCAGCUGGGCUGUGGGACGGCGCUAUCAGCCCCGGGCGGAGCUCGAUUUGGGCGAGGAUCAGAUCGUAUCUGGCUGGAUGACGUUCACUGCACAGGGACAGAAGCUGCCCUCACCCAAUGCAGGGCUCGGCCUUUGGGAGACAAUAACUGUAACCAUGGAGAAGAUGCCGGUGUUGUUUGCUCAGACUCCGGCAUCUCAGAAGUGGUUCAGCUCCGACUGGUGAAUGGUUCGAGUCGCUGCACUGGGAGAGUCGAGGUGUUUUAUAACAAGAAGUGGGGCACCGUGUGUGAUGACGGCUGGGACUUACAAGAUGCUGGAGUCGUGUGCAGGCAGCUGGGCUGUGGGAUGGCGUUAUCAGCCCCACGAGAGGCUCGAUUUGGGCUAGGAUCUGACCAUAUUUGGCUGAAUAAUGUCAACUGCACAGGAACAGAAGCUGUCCUCUCUGACUGCAGGGCUCGGCCUGUGGGAGACAAUAACUGUACCCACGGAGAAGAUGCCGGUGUCGAGUGCUCAGACGCUGGCAUUUCAGAAGUGGCUCAUCUCCGACUGGUGAAUGGCCCGAGUCGCUGCGCUGGGAGGGUCGAGGUGCUUCACAACCAGCACUGGGGAACCGUGUGUGAUGACAACUGGGACUUACGGGAUGCCAGAGUCGUGUGCAGGCAACUGGGCUGUGGGACGGCGUUAUCAGCCCCAGGCGGAGCUCGAUUUGGACGAGGGUCAGACCGAAUCUGGCUGGAUGACGUUCAGUGCACAGGGACAGAAGCUGACCUCACUGAGUGCAGGGCUCGGCCUUGGGGAGCCCAUAACUGUAACCAUGGAGAAGAUGCUGGUGUUGUGUGCUCAGACGCUGGCAUUUCAGAAGUGGCUCAUCUCCGACUGGUGAAUGGCCCGAGUCGCUGCGCUGGGAGGGUCGAGGUGCUUCACAACCAGCUGUGGGGAACCGUGUGUGAUGACAACUGGGACUUACAGGAGGCCAGAGUCGUGUGCAGGCAGCUGGGCUGUGGGACGGCGCUAUCAGCCCCAGGCGGAGCUCGAUUUGGGCGAGGAUCAGAUCGUAUCUGGCUGGAUGACGUUCACUGCACAGGGACAGAAGCUGCCCUCACCCAAUGCAGGGCUCGGCCUUUGGGAGACAAUAACUGUAACCAUGGAGAAGAUGCUGGUGUUGUGUGCUCAGACUCCGGCAUCUCAGAAGUGGCUCAGCUCCGACUGAUGAAUGGUUCGAGUCGCUGCGCUGGGAGAGUCGAAGUGUUUCAUAACAAGAAGUGGGGAACCGUGUGUGAUGACGGCUGGGACUUACAGGAUGCUGGAGUCGUGUGCAGGCAGCUGGGCUGUGGGACGGCGCUAUCAGCCCCAGGAAGGGCUCAAUUUGGGCGAGGAUCUGACAUUAUUUGGCUGAAUCUUGUCAACUGCACAGGGACAGAAGCUGCCCUCUCCGAUUGCAGGGCUCGGCCUGUGGGAGACAAUAACUGUACCCACGGAGAAGAUGCCGGUGUUGAGUGCUCAGACUCUGGCAUCUCCGAAGUGGCUCAGCUCCGACUGGUGAACGGCCCAAGUCGCUGCGCUGGGAGAGUCGAGGUCCUUCACAACCAGCAGUGGGGAACCGUGUGUGAUGACGGCUGGGAGUUACAGGAUGCUGGAGUUGUGUGCAGGCAGCUGGGCUGUGGGACGGCGUUAUCAGCCCCAGGAGGGGCUCGAUUUGGGCAAGGGCCAGACCGAAUCUGGCUGGAUGACGUUCACUGCGCAGGGACAGAAGCUGCCCUCUCUGAUUGCAGGGCUCGGCCUUGGGGAGACAAUAACUGUAACCAUGGAGAAGAUGCCAGUGUUGUGUGCUUAGGGUCCGGCUUCUUAGAAAGGACUCCACUGCGACUCGUGAACGGUUCAGGUCGCUGCGCUGGGAGAGUCGAGGUGUUUCACAACCAUCAGUGGGGAACUGUGUGUGAUGACAGCUGGGACUUAAAGGAUGCUAGAGUCGUGUGCAGGCAGCUGGGCUGUGGGACGGCGCUAUCAGCCCCCACCAGGGCUCACUUUGGGCAAGGAUCUGACCAUAUUUGGCUGAAUAAUGUCAACUGCACAGGGACAGAAGUUGCCCUCUCCGAUUGCAGGGCUCGGCCUUGGGGAAACAAUAACUGUACCCAUGGAGAAGAUGCUGGUGUCGAGUGCUCAGAUUCUGGGAUCUCAGAAGUGGCUCAGCUCCGACUGGUGAAUGGCCUGAGUCGCUGCGCUGGGAGGGUCGAGGUGCUUCACAACCAGCUCUGGGGAACCGUGUGUGAUGACAACUGGGACAUAACUGAGGCCAGAGUCGUGUGCAGGCAGCUGGGCUGUGGGACGGCGUUAUCAGCCCCAGGCGGAGCUCGAUUUGGGCGAGGGUCAGACCGAAUCUGGCUGGAUGAUGUUCACUGCACAGGGACAGAAGCUGCCCUCUCCGAAUGCAGGGCUCGGCCUUGGGGAGAGAAUAACUGUCACCAUGGAGAAGAUGCCGGUGUCAAGUGCUCAGACUCAGACAUUCCAGAGUUGACUCCGCUCCGACUGGUGAAUGGCCCGAGUCGCUGUGCUGGGAUGGUCGAGGUGCUUCACAACCAGCUCUGGGGAACCGUGUGUGAUGACAGCUGGGACUUACAGGAUGCCAGAGUCGUGUGCAGGCAGCUGGGCUGUGGGACGGCGUUAUCAGCCCCAGGUGGAGCUCGAUUUGGGCAAGGGUCAGACCGAAUCUGGCUGGAUGAUGUUCACUGCACAGGGACAGAAGCUGACCUCACUGAGUGCAGGGCUCGGCCUUGGGGAGACAAUAACUGUAACCACGGAGAAGAUGCCAGUGUUGUGUGCUCAGGCUCAGGCAUCUCAGAAGUGUCUUUGCUCCAGCAAGUGAAUGGCCACAAUCGCUGCGUUGGGAGAGUUGAGGUGUUUCAUAACCAGUAGUGGGGAACUGGGUGUGAUGGCAACUGGGUCUUACAUGAUGCUGGAGUUGUGUUUGGCUGUGGGACAGCAUUAUCAGCGCCACAUGGGGCUUGGUUUGGACGAGGAUCUGACAAUCCCUGGCUGGCUGAUAUUAACUGUAGAGGGGCAGAAGCUGCUGUCUCCAAAUGCAGGGCUAGGCCUUGGGGAGACCAUAACAACAAUUAUGCGGAAGAUGCCGGUGUUGUGUGCUCAGGCUCAAGCAUCUCAGAAGUGGCUCCGCUUCGAGUGGUGAAUGGCCCUAAUCGCUGCGCUGGGAGAGUCGAGGUGUUUCACAACCAGCAGUGGGGAACCGUGUGUGAUGGCAGCUGGGACUUGUCUGAGGCUGAAGUCGUGUGCAGGCAGCUGGGCUGUGGGACGGCGCUAUCAGCACCACGUGGGGCUCGGUUUGGACAAGGAUCUGACCGUGUGUGGCUGGAUGAGGUUCAGUGCACAGGGGCAGAAGCUGCCCUCACCGAAUGCAGGGCUAAGCCCUGGGGAGAGCAUGGCUGUAACCCCGGAGAAGAUGCCAGUGUUGUGUGCUCAGAUCAGGGCCAGCUGAGACUGCGGCUGACGAGUGGCCCAAGCCCCUGCUCCGGGCGAGUGGAGGUGCUGAUUAACAACACCUGGGGUGCCGUGUGUGACGCCGGCUGGGGCCUGCCAGAGGCGGGGGUGGUGUGCAAGCAGCUGGGCUGCGGCACGGCGCUGUCAGCCCCAGGGGUUGCUCAGUUCGGCCACGUGGCCAGCGACGUCUGGCUGGAGGGUGUGAGCUGCUCGGGCCAGGAGUCUCUCAUCAGCGAGUGCCAGCUGAGCCGGCUGGGUCCCGGGCUGUGUGGCCGUGGCUCCGAGGCCAGCGUGGUGUGUGCCGGGCAGGCCGGCCCUGGGCUACUUUCCUCUGUGCUCCUUGGCCUGGGUGCCCUCGUGGUGCUGAUCUGUGGGGCCCUGCUCUGCUGGAGGAUGCAUCGGAACAGAGCUGCUGGGAACCCUCUGGGCCAUGUGCAACUGGAGGAGGUGAGGGCUCCAGGGACCCCACCCUGGUCCCAGGGAGCGGCAAAUCCAAAGCCCUCCGAGGAGCCCGACAGCGAGAUGACCUGGCUUGUGAGGGAAGACGCGGUGCUGUGAGAGCCGCGUGCCACCGGGCUGGGCUGGGCUCAGCCUGCAGUGAGACGGGCCAGUGGGAUCCUGCACAGAGCUCCCCCAUUACCAUCCCCAACUGCCUUGGAAGCCUCCUCUGCUCCAUCCCCCCUACCCCCCCCCGCCCCAAAGCUUUCCCUGGUGCAGGGCCCACGCCCAUCCCUGAGCAGCCUGUGCCCAGCCAUGCAGACAGGAUGUGGUGCACCCUGCAGAACCAUUGUCAGGUGCACAGGGACAGCCGGCUCCUUCCCCACAAAGCAACCACCCCCACAUGCAGACGAGCUAUGGGGAGAGACUGACUAUGGGUGUCUGUCUGCGCCCAAUGUGCCAGGCCCUGUCUGUCUGUGCCUGCUGCUCCAGGCCCUGUCUGUCUGUCUGUGCCUGCUGCUCCAGGCCCUGUCUGUCUGUGCCCGAUGCCCCCUGAGCUCAGGGUGCUAGGCCCAGUUUGUCUGUGCCCAAUGCACUCUGAGCUUGGGGCACCAGGCCCAUCUCUCAGUGCAGCAGCCAGCCCAGGCCCCCAGUAAAUGAUCGUUACUGUUUCUAGUAUGUAGAUAAGGUGCAGAACUAAAUGCAGCUGCAUGAUGGUGCCUUGCUUAUUGGAAAGGAAUGGGCCAGGUUACAGAUCCAGAGAGCUCCCCUCUAACCUUCCCACCGCCACCCUGUCCUUGUGCUGCAUAAACACCCGGCAUUGAUAUUACACAGCUAGACUCGGAGACAGCAGCUGCAUCCAGGCACCAGCCCUGUUGUGCAUUUCACUGCAAUGUGCAGGUCAGCCUAAAUCAUCAUGAUGGUCCCUUCUGGCCUUAACGUCUAUAGCUCGACUGAAUUGUGUGUCUAAUGAUAAUGUAGCACUAUCAGCAAGUCAUCCUCUUCCUUCACUGGGGGUGAAAUUAGCAGAGCCCUGCAUGGAUACAAAAUUUGUAUCUGCAUCCGAGCCGCAACCCACAAAAAUGAUCCAGGGCUCUCGGUGGCUAUAAAGCAGAUAUCCGUGAGCGAGCAUUAGGUACGUCCAUCUUUCCACAAGGGGCCAACACUUGUGAGACACUUUCUUAGCAGAUGCGUCAAAAGUCUAUUGGCCUCUGCCUAGGUAGGGUGACCAUAGUUCAGGUUCCCCCAAGGAGGACACUAUUGUGGGGGAAAGGGGGGAUCUGGGGGGAAGAGGAGGGAGUACCUGGGAGGUG